CUCACGUUACGUAUGGUUUGACUAACGCUAAUGCGCCUGAGGGCGUGAGUGAUUUCGACAUUACUCGUCGACUUCUCCCGCUCCUGCGUUGUUUGUUCCUUCCAUUGAGCAAGUUUUCUGGUUUGAUGCGCAUCUCCUUCUUCGUCACGGCUUUCUUGGAACUUUCUGUCUGCACAACACGGUCCUGGACUUCGUCGAGGAUGAUCGUCCUCGGCUUCCAACGCCUUCUUUCCCCGCCACGAUGAGCGCAGACCAUGAUUUAGAAAAGGGCGAUUUGCAGCCGCACCUCGAGAAAGUCGACACGGACGACUCCAAGGACCUCUCCGACAAACACAGCACCUCUCGUAAAGAGCGCAUUGCCUCCUCCCACCCCAACGAGUCCGGGGAGCUCGCUGAAGACGAUGAAAUCAGUCCCCAGGGUCGCGGCCGCCGCGCACGUCGCUCCUCCGACUCCUCCAACGAAUCCAUUCAUACCGCUCACGAUCACCAAACCGCCACUCCUUCCCGCGAUCGCAGCAGAGCCCAAUCUUCCGCCAGAUCUGUGCGGCGCGAGCCGGUGAAUGUGCCGCGGUCCCAGCGAAGAGGUCUUCUCGGCCGCUUCACCCUCAUCCCAGAGAUCACCAACCAAUACGACUACCCGAGACGAACCAAAUGGAUGCUCACCUUCAUCGUUGCCGUCGCCGGAGCAGCAGGUCCCAUGGCUUCGAGUAUUGUCCUCCCAGCCUUGGUCGAUAUCACUCGAGACCUCCACUCCACCCCUACCAUUGUGAACUUGAGCAUAGCCUUGUUCAUGCUGAGCAUGGCCAUCUUCCCUCUUUGGUGGAGUAGCUUCUCCGAAACGUUCGGCCGUCGCACCAUCUACCUGACUAGCUUCACGCUGUACAUCAUCUUCAGCAUCGUCGGUGCCGUUUCCACCAACAUCGGCAUGUUCCUCGCCAUGCGUAUGCUUUCUGGCGGUGCUUCAGCCAGUGUGCAGGCCGUAGGUGCCGGAUCGAUUGCGGACAUCUGGGAGGUACAUGAGCGAGGCCGCGCAAUAGGUCUGUUCUACUUAGGACCCCUUUGCGGACCACUUCUCAGUCCGAUCAUCGGCGGCCUACUUGCGGAAAAUCUGGGGUGGAGGUCGAUUCAAUGGUUUCUUACCAUCCUUGGCGUGGUCAUCUUGCUCUUCCUCACCCUUUGCUUACCGGAGACACUGCGAGAGCAAAGGAGCGUGGCCGCCAGAGCCGAGGCGGAAGUCGAGCGAGAAGUCGUCGCCGACACCAGCGGAGAGAAAGGCGAGAAACUCGACUCCACUGCACGCCCAACGCUAUCUCGAGUCUCGACAAAGCAGUCAACACUCCACCUCAAAUCGAAAAAGUACCUCGCCAUUUUACGCCUCUGGUUCGUCGAUCCCCUCCGCAUCAUCCUGUACCUCCAGUUCCCCGCCGUGGCCAUCUGCGUCUUCUACGCCACGGUCUGCUUUUGCGCUCUCUAUUCCCUCAACAUCUCCAUCCAGGCCACCUUUUCGGCCCCGCCUUACAACUACAGUAACAUCAUCGUCGGCUUGUGCUAUCUUCCCAAUUCUCUUGGUUACUUCAUCACUUCGAUUUUCGGCGGCAGAUGGGUGGACCGGAUCAUGGCCCGUGAGGCGCAAAAAGCCGGCCGGUAUGAUUCGAAAGGCAACCUGAAGUACCAGCCAGAGGAUCGGAUGAAGGAGAAUGCGUGGCUCGGGGCUAUUAUGUUUCCCGCGGCGCUCAUUGCCUAUGGCUGGACCGCAGAAUUCGGAGUCAACCUGGCAGCACCACUCGUAGCAAACUUCUUCUUCGGCAUCGGAAGUAUGCUGAUAUUUGCAAUGGUAACAACGAUGCUCACCGAAUUCAUGCCGCGCAAACCCAGCAACGGCGUGGCCGUGAACAACUUUGUACGAAACAUUUUCAGCUGCGUGGGAGCGGCGGUGACGGAGCCGCUGAUCCAGGCCAUCGGAAACGGGUGGCUGUUCACCAUGUUCGGACUGUUUUCUUUCGUCGCCGGGUUUGGGUGUUUGUGGGCUAUGAAGCGAUAUUCGAAGCAUUGGCGCAUUACGAUGGAUAAGAAUCUGAGCAAGGUCAUGGGAACGUGAAUUAUGGGACG